UGCGUCACCAACUCGGCGCUAGGCCACCCGCGGCCGUAACUAGAAGUCGAAACAAAACAAGCAGCGGAGGCUGCGGUGCCGGGACGGGGGAGGGGCGCGCCGGAACCGGAACCGACCUGACGCCGGAACCGGAACCGAGAGCGGGUUGCCAAGGCCCGAAGAGGGCUGGCGGCGGCGGCCUCGCUCGGCUGUCGGUUCCUUGCUGGAGAAUUUGGCCACAAAGAGUUGCCAAGAUAGCUGGGCCAGGAAGAAAGCGCCGUAGUCCUGACCCAGACGCCGUUGCCGACCCCGGGGCACUCUGGCUGUCGACCAAACGGCUCAAGAUGUCUGGUGGGACCAGUGCCACGGGCCCAAGGAGAGGGCACCCAGGACUGGAGGAGGCCACCAGUAAGAAGAAGCAGAAAGAUCGAGCAAACCAGGAGAGCAAGGAUGGAGAUCCUAGGAGAUGUGGGUCAGUAGCCGCUCCUCGGGAGGAGCAGACCAAAGAGGAGUUGUUACUUGAUUGGAGGCAGAGUGCAGAUGAGGUGAUUGUCAAGCUGCGUGUGGGAGCAGGUCCCCUGAGGCUGGAGGAGGUGGAGACUACUUUCACGGACACAGACUGUGCGGUGUGGUUUCCAGGUGGUCGGCAGUGGGGUGGUGUUUUCUACGCUGAGAUAGAAAGUUCUUGCACCAAAAUACAGACUCGCAAAGGGGGCUUUCUGCAGCUGGCACUGCGCAAGAAGGUGCCUCUGCUCACAUGGCCCUCUCUCCUGAAGAAACCUCUAGGGAAGCAGGAGUUGGUGUCAGGGCUGCAGUGCCAGGAGAAUGGGCAGGAGCCAUCUCCCAUUGCCCUGGAGCCAGGCCCGGAGCCCCGCCGGGCUAAGCAGGAGGCCCGGAACCAGAAGCGGGCCCAGGGUCGUGGUGAGGUAGGCGCGGGGGCUGGCCCCGGGGCCCAGGCAGGGCCCAGCGCCAAGAGGGCUGUGCAUCUCCGCAGAGGGCCAGAGGGGGAAGGGUCCAGAGAUGGCCCUGGACCCCAGGGCGAUGCCCCUUCCUUCCUGGCUGAGCCGGUCACCCAGGCUGAGGCUGAGGAACAGCUCCGGGUACCGCCGCUGAACCCCCAGACCUGCCUCCUGGGCUCAGAGGAGAAUCUAGCACUUUUGGCAGGAGAGAAGGCAGUGUCCCCCAGGAAUGACCCAGUCUCCCCAGCCAUGACCCGGAGCAGAGACCCUGAGAAAGGUGAUCGUUCCAAAGAGGAGAUGGCAGUGGCAGCAGAUGCUGCAACCCUGGUGGAUGGUAAAGAGCCUGAGUCCAUGGUGAACCUGGCAUUUGUCAAGAAUGACUCAUAUGAGAAAGGGCCAGACUCAGUGGUGGUGCACGUGUACGUGAAGGAAAUCUGCAGAGACACCUCUCGGGUGCUCUUCCGUGAGCAGGACUUCACACUGAUCUUCCAGACCAGGGAUGGAAACUUCCUGAGACUGCACGCCGGCUGUGGGCCCCACACCAUCUUCCGUUGGCAGGUGAAGCUCAGGAACCUGAUCGAGCCAGAGCAGUGCACCUUCUGUUUCACGGCCUCUCGCAUCGACAUCUGCCUCCGGAAGCGGCAGAGUCAGCGCUGGGGGGGCCUGGAGGCCCCAGCUGCACGAGGUGCAGUGGGUGGUGCAAAGGUUGCCGUGCCGACAGGCCCAACCCCUCUGGAUCCAACCCCACCGGGAGGUGCCCCGCACCCCCUGACAGGCCAGGAGGAAGCCCGGGCUGUGGAGAAGGAGAAACCCAAGGCUCGAUCUGAGGACACGGGGCUGGAUGGUGUGGCAGCCCGUACCCCCAUGGAGCAUGUAGCCCCAAAGCCAGAGCCACACCUGGCCUCGCCCAAGCCCACAUGCAUGGUGCCUCCAAUGCCCCACAGUCCCGUGAGUGGAGACAGUGUGGAGGAGGAGGAGGAGGAAGAGAAGAAGGUGUGUCUUCCGGGCUUCACUGGCCUCGUCAAUCUAGGCAACACCUGCUUCAUGAACAGUGUCAUUCAGUCUCUGUCCAACACUCGGGAGCUGCGGGACUUCUUCCAUGACCGCUCCUUUGAGGCCGAGAUCAACUAUAACAACCCACUGGGGACAGGUGGGCGUCUGGCCAUCGGCUUUGCUGUGCUGCUCCGGGCGCUGUGGAAGGGCACCCACCAUGCCUUCCAGCCUUCCAAGUUAAAGGCCAUUGUGGCAAGCAAGGCCAGCCAGUUCACGGGCUAUGCACAGCACGAUGCCCAGGAGUUCAUGGCUUUCCUGCUCGAUGGACUGCAUGAGGACCUGAACCGCAUUCAGAACAAGCCCUACACGGAGACUGUGGACUCAGAUGGCCGGCCUGAUGAGGUGGUGGCGGAGGAAGCAUGGCAGCGGCACAAGAUGAGAAAUGACUCCUUCAUCGUGGACCUGUUUCAGGGCCAGUACAAGUCAAAGCUGGUGUGCCCAGUGUGCGCCAAGGUCUCCAUCACUUUCGACCCAUUCCUUUACCUGCCGGUGCCUUUGCCACAGAAGCAAAAGGUUCUCCCUAUCUUCUAUUUUGCCCGGGAGCCCCACAGCAAGCCCAUCAAGUUCCUGGUGAGCGUCAGCAAGGAGAACUCGAGUGCAAGUGAAGUGUUGGACUCCCUUUCUCAGAGCGUCCACGUGAAGCCUGAAAACUUGCGUCUGGCUGAGGUGAUUAAGAACCGUUUCCAUCGUGUGUUCCUGCCCUCCCACUCACUGGAUACUGUGUCCCCAUCCGACAUGCUCCUCUGCUUUGAGCUCUUAUCCCAAGAGUUAGCUAAGGAGCGGGUGGUGGUGCUAGAGGUGCAACAGCGCCCCCAGGUGCCCAGCAUCCCCAUCUCCAAGUGUGCAGCCUGCCAGCGGAAGCAGCAGUCGGAGGAUGAGAAGCUGAAGCGCUGUACUCGGUGCUACCGCGUGGGCUACUGCAACCAGCUCUGCCAGAAAAACCAUUGGCCUGACCACAAGGGCCUCUGCCGCCCUGAGAACAUUGGCUACCCUUUCCUGGUCAGUGUACCUGCCUCACGCCUCACUUAUGCCCGUCUUGCUCAGUUGCUAGAGGGCUACGCCCGGUAUUCUGUGAGCGUUUUCCAGCCACCUCCCUUCCAGCCUGGCCGCAUGGCCUUGGAGUCCCAGACCCCUGGCUGCACCACAUUACUCUCUACUAGCUCCCUGGAGGCUGGGGACAGUGAGAGGGACCCCAUCCAGCCGCCUGAGCUCCAGUUGGUGACCCCCGUGGCUGAGGGGGACACAGGGGUCCCCCGGGCGUGGGCAGCCCCUGAUCGGGGCCCUGUCCCCAGCACCAGUGGAGUUUCUUCUGAGAUGCUGGCCACUGGGCCCCUUGAAGUUGGCUCCUUGCCUGCUGGUGAGAGGGUGUCCCGGCCUGAAGCUGCUGUGCCUGGGUACCAACACCCAAGUGAAGCCAUGAAUUCUCACACACCCCAGUUCUUUAUCUAUAAAAUUGACGCAUCUAACCGAGAGCAGCGGCUAGAGGACAAAGGAGAUACGCCACUGGAGCUGGGCGAUGACUGCAGCCUGGCUCUCGUCUGGCGGAACAACGAGCGCCUGCCGGAGUUUGUGUUGGUAGCCUCCAAGGAGCUGGAGUGUGCUGAGGAUCCCGGCUCUGCUGGCGAGGCUGCCCGCGCUGGCCACUUCACCCUGGACCAGUGCCUGAACCUCUUUACGCGGCCCGAGGUGCUGGCUCCUGAGGAGGCUUGGUACUGCCCGCAGUGCAAACAACACCGCGAGGCCUCCAAGCAGCUGUUGCUCUGGCGUCUGCCGAACGUGCUCAUUGUGCAGCUCAAGCGCUUCUCCUUCCGCAGUUUCAUCUGGCGCGACAAGAUCAACGACUUGGUGGAGUUCCCUGUUCGGAACCUGGACCUGAGCAAGUUCUGCAUUGGUCAGAAAGAGGAGCAGCUGCCCAGCUACGACCUGUAUGCUGUCAUCAGCCACUAUGGAGGCAUGAUUGGUGGCCACUACACCGCCUGUGCACGCCUGCCCAAUGACCGCAGCAGCCAGCGCAGCGACGUGGGCUGGCGCUUGUUCGAUGACAGCACGGUGACAACAGUAGAUGAGAGCCAGGUCGUGACGCGUUAUGCCUAUGUACUCUUCUAUCGCCGGCGGAACUCUCCUGUGGAGAGGCCCCCCCGGGCAGGUCACUCUGAGCAUCACCCAGACCUAGGCCCUGCAGCUGAGGCUGCUGCCAGCCAGGCUUCCCGGAUUUGGCAGGAGCUGGAGGCCGAGGAGGAGCCAGUACCCGAGGGGCCUGCGCCCCUGGGUCCCUGGGGGCCCCAAGACUGGGUGGGCCCCCCACCACGUGGCCCUACCACACCAGAUGAGGGCUGCCUCCGGGACUAGGCCCUGGCCAGGCCCCCGAGGUGGCCCCCACGCGGACAGCCCCUGAACGCUUCGCCCCCCCUGUGGACCGCCCAGCCCCCACCUACAGCAACAUGGAGGAGGUCGAUUAGCAGGUCCCUGGCUGGUGGGGGGCCUGGGUUUGGGGAUUCCCCACAGAGGGCCAGCUCUUUGCCGCUUCUCCUUCUCUAACCCAGAGGACACUGGCUUCAGUGGGGAAUUGGGGGGUGUGAUUUGAGGGUGGGUACCUCACAGGUUGGGACUUCUUGACAGCUGGAACCCCUAACCAGUGGGCCUUGGCUUCUCCAGCCAUCCUCAGUGCUGCGUGUUUUGAUUCUCAGUUGUACCUUCAAUUCUUUCUGACUCGCAUUAUAAACGUUAUAAUUUUAUUAUAAAAAUUGUAAUUUUUUUUUUUUUUUUUGCAUUUUGGAAGUGAUUGCUGCUGUUUAA